GUGUAAUGGACUCUAAAAUGAAAUUUUAAGGGUCUCGGAAUGAAGACAGGGAAGGGGAGACAGCAAAACAGGCGGAGGGCGACGGCGACGGCGAUAUAGAACGUCGGGCCAAGGCAGACGGCGACGGAGAGACAAGGAAGGGGCGCAGCUGCAGCCGCAUUGUGGAGUAUUGAUUUUUGAGGAACUCAUCAAGAUAUGAACCAAAAUUGGGAUAGAAUCAGCACUCUUCCUCAAGACAUAAUUGAAAAAAUUCAGACUCUUAUGCCAAUGCGAGAUGCAUUAAGGACGAGUAUUUUGUCAAAGAAAUGGAGGUAUUCUUGGGCAAGCAUAAAGAAACUUGUAUUUGAUGAAAAUGUGGUUAAUGUAUAUUCUGAUAAAGAAGAAAUCGAUAAAUACAAGCUUGUCAAUGCAAUCUUGCACGUUUUGUUGUUACACAAGGGUCCAAUUUUGGAAUUCGUUGUCUGUAUGGCUGAUACGUAUAUCUUCAAUGAGUUUAACCAGAUUAUACUUCAUCUUUCAAGGAGGAAUAACCUCAAGAUAUUCAUCUUUGAGAUUUGGUCACCUAAUAGUCGCGACAAGCUACCCUCUUUGUUCUUUUCUCAAUCUAAAAACACGACACAACUGUCUGAUUUGCCUCCCUGUGCUCAACAAACUUUCACGAAGUUGCUUGGUCUUCAAGUCUACUCGGGCCUCAACUUGGAUCAUCUUAAAGAAUUGGAGAUAACAAGAUGUCGUAUUAGUGCUCUAGAGAUAGAGAUGGAAUUUCUGAAGCUCAUCAUGGCUAAGUCACCUCUGCUGAAGAAAGCACGAAUAGAGCUCAAUACAUCUGUUUCUAACGAGGAAGAAGUUCAAAUGUUUCACAAGAUUUGCUACAACUGCCAUUUCCAUCGUGCAUCACCAACAACAAAAUUCAUUACUGAACGCCCUAAAAAUUGAAUGUGAAAUGUCAAUCAAGUUUAUUGACACAAUUUAUGUUGUUGGGUAAAUUUAAGGCUUGUAAAAGCACAAGUAAUGCCUUUUGAAAUUGGCUAUUUUGAACCUGAUUAAUUAUGUUUUUGAGUUGAUUAUGAGUAUUUACAGUAA